CAUCCCUCAGAAUCUCUAAAUCUCUUGGCCGCCCGCCAUGACAACCCAAACAACCAAUUACACAAUCCCUCUCGUCUACUUGGCGUCUUUCCUCUUCUUGUUCGGCGAAACCUUGCAACCUGCGCCCCGCAUCGCAAUCUACGAAUCCAUCGUCUGCCAUCAGCACUAUCGAUCUUCAGGCCCGCACGACUGCAAGAUCGCGCCUGUGCAGCAGGAACUUGCGUUUUUAGGCGGUCUUGAGAGGUUGUCCAUCAUCAUCCCGAGUAUUCUGGCGAUUCCGUUUGCGGCGCUGGCAGAUCGAUAUGGACACAGCAUCAUCCUGGCUAUUGCGGUGUUUGGCGUGUUUCUUGAAGAUGGGUGGCCGUUCCUGGUUUGCUGGUUUCCAGAUGUGUUUCCUAUCAGAUUGAUCUGGUUGCAUUUUAUAUUCAGCUGUGUUGGUGGCGGUUUCACGGUCGUUGUUACCCUGCUGCAUGUCAUCAUUGCCGAUGUUGUCAGCGCGGAAGAAAGGACGAGGAUGUUCUUCCGUGCAAGAGCGGCAGGUGUCGCGGCGAGUAUCUUGGGCUAUGCGGCUAGCGGGUUCAUGAUGAAAGUCAGUACCUUCCUGCCGUGGGGCGUUGGGUUGGGUUGUCUUGUGCUGGGAACUAUCACUUCCGGGCUCAUUCCAAAGAUGACUGUGCAGGACCACAGCACGUCUCGAGAUGCCGAUAAGUCGGUCGAAAGCUGGAGUGUUGCUUCGUCGAUGAAGGCUCUGAAGAACGUUGCUAAGCUGCUUGUUGGAAACAAGCAAGUAUUGGCGAUGUUGAUCUUAGUGUUCUUCUGUCAGCUAGGUUACGACUCCGUGCCCUCGAUGUUGGCCAUCUACAUCUCGAAACGAUUUGGCUGGGAUUUCUCAGACGCCAGCUUUCUCAGCUCCUUGGAGAUGAGCAUCGAAUUCGUUGCACUUGUGGUAAUACUACCAGCGCUCACCUCGGGCUUACCCUCAGCAUUCCGAAAACUCUCAACAUUCGCCAAGGAUAAAGCCUUCGCUCAGGGAAGUCUGGUUGCGCUCGCAAUAGGCACUUUGUGCCUAGGGUUUGCACCCGUAGUUGCCAUUGCUAUCAUCGGCAUCGUCGUGCUUGCCCUAGGAACCGGACAAGACUCUCUGACUCGCUCAAUGGCAACCGACAUGGUCCACGUAAGUGAUCUGAGUACUAUGUACUCAGCUAUCACUAUGCUGCGCGCUAUUGGUGGCUCGAUCAGCGGGCCGAUCUAUGCGUGGCUAUACACUGCGGCGCUUAAACACAAAGGCGAAAACUGGCUCGGUCUGCCGUAUCUGGUUGCUGGUUCUCUCUUUGUUGUAGCGUUGGGGCUUUUGAUGGCCUUGAGGGACCCAGAGAAAGACAAAAUGAACACGACGGAGGAUGAGGCUCGUGAGCCUCUGCUUGCGUGAAGAUAGUUGAGAACUAGACUAAACUUUACAGCGAAAUGAUGCAUCGAUACAUCUGUUCAGGUCUAGCAAAACGCUAUGCAAAUCUAAUCACAAACUCAACGCCGUGAGAUGCUCAUUACCCAAUCUCGUGUUCUAUCCAAGAUCCAAUACUCGCUGCCUGUAACUCCAUCUAUAUCAACAGAGCCGCAACGACAGCA